AUGCCAUCCUCAAAGAGAAUCGCUGCCGCAGGAACUACUACCUGGGCCGAUUUGGAUCGGGUGCGAUUCCGAGGGAUGGCGACACAGGAGUUUACGAUCCCUACAACAACGACAAGGUCUCUGCAAUCAGCACUCAGCGGGCAGUGGCCAUUCCAGAAAUAG